UACGCAGACGCAUGCGCGCGCUCUCCCAUCUCUCUACCAACUCGGGUUUGACCUACAGCUGCCCGGGAGAAGAUGGCUUCCACGGCAGUGCCCGGGCUCUCCCGGCAGGUGCGGUGCUUCAGCACGUCUGUGGCCAGGCCGUUCGCCAAGCUUGUGCGGCCACCCGUCCAGGUGUAUGGCGUCGAAGGUCGCUACGCCACUGCCCUGUACUCUGCGGCGUCGAAGCAGAAUAAACUGGAACAAGUAGAAAAGGAACUGCUGAGAGUGGCGCAAAUCCUGAAGGAUCCCAAAAUGGCUUCCUCGAUUAUGAACCCCUACGUGAAGCGCGCCGUCAAAGUGAAGAGCCUGAACGACAUGACCGCCAAGGAGAAGUUCUCCCCGCUCACGUCCAACCUGAUCAACCUGCUCGCUGAGAACGGCCGUUUGACCAGCACGCCCGCCGUCGUCUCCGCCUUCUCCACCAUGAUGAGCGUCCACCGUGGAGAGGUGCCGUGCACCGUGACCACCGCGUCCCCUUUGGAUGAAGCCACGCUCUCUGAACUGAAAACAGUCCUGAACAGCUUCCUCAGUAAAAACCAGAUACUGAAGUUGGAGGUCAAGACGGACCCGUCCAUCAUGGGCGGGAUGAUCGUCCGCAUCGGGGAGAAGUACGUCGACAUGUCUGCGAAAACCAAGAUUCAGAAGCUGAGCAAGGCCCUGCGGGAGGUGUUCUGAGAGCGGGUUUGUCCGGCAGUGAGAGUCCCACAACAAUAAAACGCUUCCCGGGUAGAA